CCCACAAUAAGAAAAGUGAUUUCAAAAACUGAGGCGCCAAUUUGUUGAUUUCUCCCGCGCCUUUCCCUCCGCUCCCCCGCCCUUUAUUUCUUCCCUCAUUCUCUACCCUUUUUCACCCACCCCACCUCGCUCUUCGCCGUAUUCCACUGUGGGUUUAGGGAACACCAAAUGCAGGGCCACCAACCCCACCCCGCCACCCCCAUCUCCGACCCUGCUUUCCUCAUUAAGCGCGGCAAGAAGAGGGGCAACUACAACUGUGGCCGCUGCGGCUUGCCAAAGAAGGGCCAUAAGUGUCCCUUCACCACUAACAACGAUGAUGUGUCUACUCCCGUUUCUACACCUACCCCCCCCGCUGCCGAUUCUUCCACGAUCACCACCCUUAGCUCCGCCACGGUGGCGGUGUCUCGGAAACUGACGGGUGAGUCGCCUCAGUCGGUGGUCCGUCCUCUGCCUCCGGCGAGGCGCCGCAGAGCUCUGUCAUUUGACGAUGUUAGUGUAGCUGACUCAAUUGAUGAGUUGGAAGAGGAGCAAUUUGAUUUGGAGGAGGAUGCGGAACUGGAUGGGUCGGGCAAGCUGCCCGCGAGUUGUUUAUGGGAGAUUUUACGGAGAUUACCGCCGGCUGGGAUGCUUUCGGCGGCUAGGGUAUGUAGGGGGUGGAGGGAGACGACAAGGCGGCUUUGGCGGGCGGCAGAGGAACUCCGGCUUAGGGUUCCGGCUAAGGCGCAGAUUGGAUUUGUUGGAUCCGUGCUGCAGAAGUGUCCUGGACUCUUAAAACUCUCUCUUAGUAUCGAAAGUGAUGUUGAUGCAACGAUGCUUGCCUGCAUUGCCUUCUCUUGCCCUAAUUUGCAGUCGCUGGAGAUCUUUACAUCUGAUUCCUCAAUCAAUCGGAUCACUGGGGAUGAGUUGAGUCGUUUCAUUGCGGAUAAAAGGUGCCUAACCAGUCUCAAGAUGGAAGGGUGCUGUAACCUGGGGGGUUUUAUAUUUUCUUCAACCAGUCUGUCAACUCUUUGGCUUUCUGAUCUUCACUCCCUCUCUAAGAUGGUUUUUAAUUGCCCAAAUUUGAGGGAGAUAUCUUUGGAUUUUUCUCGCCAAGAAAAUGAUAGCACUGAUAUUACCACUGUUGUGGAUGGUCUGGGAAGAAACUGCCCGAAACUUCAGAACAUUCACAUUGCUUCAAGUCGGCUUUCACAUGCUGCAGUGCUGGCUCUUUCGGCUGCCAAUCUGAGGGGAUUGCGGAUGCUUUCUCUUGUUCUUGGAUCAGAGAUAACUGAUGCAUCAGUUGCUGCCAUAACUUCAAGUUUUUCAAAGUUGGAAUUGCUUGAUCUAAGUGGGUCUAGCAUCAGCGACAGUGGCAUUGGAAUGAUCUGCAAUGUCUUUCCUGAGACAUUAUCAAAACUUCUACUUGCACUUUGUCCCAACAUCACUUCGAGUGGCAUUCAGUUUGCUGCUGCCCAGCUGCCUCGUCUAGAACUGAUGGAUUGUGGAAUGACCAUAUGUGAUCCCAAUUCUGAGAAGUCCACUGAUGAGGAGGAUAAUGACACUGAAUUACAGAAAACACCCAACAGCAAGUUGCAUCUCAUAUACCAGAAGUUAAUUAUCAAGCAUAGUCGGUUGAAGAAACUUAGCUUAUGGGGUUGUUCUGGCUUGGAUGCAUUAUAUCUAAAUUGUCCACAUCUAAAUGAUUUGAACCUCAACUCUUGUAGAAACUUACAUCCAGAGAGACUGCUACUUCAAUGCCCAAGUUUAGAAAGUGUACAUGCAUCAGAUUGCGAAGGCAUGCUGGUUAAAACCAUUGAGGCUCAGGUCUACAGUGAUUCUCCAGCUGUGGAAAAUCAUGUUCCCUCCAAACGUCUACCUGAUGGCUCCAAAAGAGUCCGCCUUCCAUAUUUUUGUAGUCCUCAGCCAUCCGAGGAUGAGAAGAAUUGGAGAAGGCCCGGGAAACGCCAAUGUACAGUUAACGUAACCUCCUAAUAUAUGUGCUGGUUCACUCUGUUGUUACUCCAGGGCUUGAGGCAUGGAGUAUGUACUUGUUUGUUGUUAAACUUAAUUGGGGGCCGCAUGAUGUUGGCCAGUCUGUUCAGCCAUUCUUUAGCUUAUACACUUUUCUAGAGGCUUUUAUGCCUUAAUAUGUAGUGAAAAAACAUUUCUCCAAUUAAAACAGGUGAUGUCAUUCAAUAAGGAGUUUAUAAACUCACUCUGAUGUGAACUCCAGUUACUAAUAAAUCAUUUGUUUCUUUCA